AUGGAACGUGCAACAUUUAAAAUUGAAAUUCCAUUUACUGAUCAUGCUCAUUGUAUUGGACGACAAGGAAAUCAAAUACAAAGUAUUAUGUUAGCAACAGAUACACAUAUUCAUUUUCCUGAUGGUAAUCGUGAACCAAACGGAACAAAAUCUAAUCAAGUAUCAAUAACAGGUACAAUAACAUCUAUUGAACAAGCUCGAAAACGUAUUCGAGAUAUUUUACCAAUGUCAUUAAAAUUUCUUAUACCACCAAGAGAAUUAAUUCAUAUUAUUAAUGAUGAUUAUCCAUUAUUUAAAUAUGUUCGGACACGCUAUGGUGUUAAUGUAUUGUCACGUUCAUAUGCAAAAACUGGCGAUGUUUAUUGUAUUGUUCGUGGACUUAUUAAUCAACCAGAAUUAGCAGAAGCAACUGAAUAUUUAAUUCAAGCAUUUUAUGGUUUUGAAUCAUCAUUAGUUAAAGUAACAUGUCAAACAGAAGUUAGUGAACAAUAUCAUGGUUAUUUGCAAACUCGUCAACAAUCAAAAGAUAUGUGCAUAGCAGCUAUUGAACAAUAUACACAUGCAACAAUACAAUUUCCAACAACAAUAAUAAAUACAAAUGGAUAUGGACGACGAACAUCAGUUAUAAUUAGUGGAUCUCCAGCACAAGUUUGUCAAGCAAGAAAAUUAUUCGAUUUAUGUUUACCAAUUAUUUUGACUUUUGAAGUACCAGCUGAUAAAGAGCCAACACGUGCUGAUAUUGCUCAUAUCAAAGAUAAACUUAAUGUAACAACGAUUGUUCGAACACGUAAAGAUAAAAUUGGAAAAUUAGUCAGUGUUCAAUCACAAGAAUAUAACAGUGAUCAAUUAUUUCGUGCACGUUCAAUUAUUCUUGGCUUACCAGAAAUAAAUAAUAAUAUUGUAUCAAUACCAACGAUUAAUAAUAAUAAUAAUAAUAACACUUUAUUCGAUCUGAAUUUAUCAUCAACAGUGUUGUCUGAUCUCUCUAUGUCGGCUUCAUCUACUGCUUCUUCUUCUGGGACAACAAUAUCAACUAGUCAUUUACCAGAUAGUAUCUUAAUUCCAAUUGAAUCUUACUAUGUACCAUCAACACAACAAAUCAAUACACUGCGUGUAUCAUUAAAUAAAGCGAAUACAACAAAAAAACCCUCACCUAUCGGACAUGAACGUUCAUCAUUACGAAGUAAAAAAUUUCGUAUUGUUAUUAUUUCUUUUUCUAAUGAAUACAUUUACUUUAUACUUGAAGAUUUCGAUCAAGAUUCAAUCAUUUGGCCAACAAAUAACGAUCAAUUUUCAUUUUCUUCACUUUUCGAUACAUCAAAACAUCAAAUAAAAUCAAUUAGUAAUCCUUUAAUUACUCCACUAUCUCAAAACAAUCAUUCGACUAAAUUAUUUGCAUUACUUCGUUCAAUAAAUUUAGAAAAAUAUUGGUCAACAUUUGAACAUCAUGAGACUAUUCCUUGCCCAGUCACUCUCGACAUCAAUGCCUAUGAUAACUUUAUUAAUCAUUCAACAUCUUUGGACUUGAAUACUCCGUUAUCAUAUUUUAUCGACGAUGUAAACAAUAAUAUAGCUUAUUUACCAUCGUGUUCACUUUUGUCUAUUUAA